AUGCAGCACCCAUUCGCCGAAAAGCCUCUCGGUCCAGCUUUACACGGACUUGAUGUCGGCCAGUUGAAGGAGAACCGAGACAAUCAAAUCACCUUUAACAUGAAGGAUCAAGCCACUGGUUGGUUCCAUAUUUUUCUCAGUGCUGAUUGCCAGCUACUCCCGGGCUUCCAUGCUGGUACCGUUGCACGACUCGGCCUCGGGCCUUGUGCUGGCCUCGUUGUCCGUCUUGAAAUCAUAGUCAGGCAAUUCCAUCAGCUACAUUUGCAUUUCAAGUUUGGCAUCCGCAAUGGUGGUGAACCUGUGAUCUUCAUGGAUUUAAACGUCCCCCUUGAUUACAUUGUUGAUGCAAUCACUCUCAACAGCAUCAAUGCAGAUAACAUGAACUCUCUCGCACCUCUCCGUAUGUUCAAUGCUAUCGACAUUUCGGAGCUCGCGAGCCGUGUCAAGGGUUCCGACGUUCUGGGCGAAAAGCUGGUCUAG